UUGACACCCGGGGCUCAGAGAAAUAUAGGCAGCAUCCCUUUCAGCUCAUGCAUUCAGUCCCACAGCUGCCCCGUAAGACACCAAGCCGCAGCUGCGCUGAUCACUGAUCCAAGGUGAACCCUCACACACACACACACACACACUCGCACCGCCGGAUCUUUGGAGGGAAUAGAGGCGCACUGUCGGGGACGCAAUGUUGGUGAAACUGGCCGUGGUGCUGCUGGUUUUUUCAGCGCUGGAGCAAGCAGUGGGAUCGGAUAAUACGGACAUUCACGACAGUCCUCCGGAGAAGCCUGCGAGCCAGAAAGGACGUCUGUCCCUGCAGAAUACAGCUGAGAUCCAGCACUGCCUGGUGAGUGCAGGGGAUGUCGGCUGUGGCGUGUUUGAGUGCUUUGAGAAUAACUCCUGCGAGAUACGAGGGCUACAGGAAAUCUGCAUGACGUUCCUGCACAACGCUGGCAAAUUUGACUCUCAGGGGAAGUCCUUCAUCAAGGAUGCUCUGAAAUGUAUGGCACAUGGUCUACGGCACAAGUUCAGCUGCAUCAGCAGGAAGUGCGUGUCCAUUAAGGAGAUGGUGUUCCAGCUCCAGAGAGAGUGCUACAUCAAACACAACCUGUGCUCUGCCGCUAAGGAGAAUGUGGCCGUCAUGGUGGAGAUGAUCCAUUUCCAGGAUCUAUUCCCUAAAGGUCCGUACGUGGAGCUGGUGAAUAUUCUCCUAAGCUGCGGGGAGGAAGUGAAGGACGCCCUGACUCGGAGCGUUCGGCUACAGUGCGAGCAGAACUGGGGGGCCCUGUGCGACAGCUUGAGCCUCUGCUCCUCCCUCGCCCCGUCUCCCGCCAGCACCGCCGUCGAACACCACCGCCACCCCUUGCCCUCCCACCCCGAACCGGAGCAUCCUCGCCCCCCGCGGCAAGGCGACAAGGACAAAGCUGGUAAGGGAGGGCUCAACUCUCACCCACGCAACCGCAACCAGGGGCCCCGCCGCCAUAAUCCCGAGGCCGCAGUGGUGGCCGAGCAGGAAGACCCCAAGGCCACCGACAUCCGGAGGUGAAAUCUCAGGAGACCGUACCGACCUUUGACUCUUUACACAAUUUAAAAGCCACACUUUCAGACUUAUUUACACCUCCUGACACACACACACACACACACACACACACAUACAGAAACACACACACACACACACACACACACACACAGACUUCUCCAGACAUAGACAAAUUCCCAGACAGACAGACAGACAGACGGACAGACCGAGCAGAAGGAAACAAGCCCCGACCUUUCCUAUCCUUAUUCCACCCUCUCCAGUCAUUCCAGCAGUCCCACAUGGUAAACUUGCAGGGUAAUUGUGGUGUAGCUUAAGCCAGACUGUAGGCCACAAUUUUAUUUUAUUUUUUUAAAUUGAAUAACAAUUGUUAUUAUCAUGAUUAUUUCAACUGUUAGGACUAUCUUGGCUCUAAUAUAGCAUUUCUCAAAUCAUACUGACUGUAAGAUUUGAUUAUAUUUGUAUUAUUUAUUUUAUUCUUUAUGCAAUGUUGAAAUAUCAAAAUGUACAUAGAAAUAUACUUAUCUAUAUUUAUAUAAACAUGUAUAAAUAUAGUUACAAUAUGCAGUACUGAUAGAUGGCAUAGUAUAUGGUGUGCUGUCCGUCGCUCUCUUUGCAGUAUUGCACCCAUCACACAUUGGUCUGUAGAUAUGUAACAUACACGGUUUGUUGUUUCAAAGUGGGAAUAUGUAUUAUAACUAUAGAUACUUGAUGAUUAAAUACAAAUUGUACAGGUUAUAAGUCCAGUUCUGGCACAUAUGAAUUGUAGUGCAUGAUGGCCAUAAAGCCAACAAACUUGUGCAUUCUUAAAGUGAAAGUCCACUCUAAAAAGGAUGCUAAUGUAAUACUAUGAAUAUGAACAGUUAUUCACACUCGUACGCGUCGACAAGUCUCUUGCAAAGUUAGAAAUAACAGAGCCAAGACUGAUCUUUGAUGUCAUCCAGUGAGAACUAACACAGGAGACGCAGUUUCGUGGACUGUUUCAGAAAUAUUUCUUAUUCUCUGAUACGUGUCUUAUUUUUAACUCUUAAAUAUGUGUCACGUCACUCUCAUUCAUCGCUAACGGAGCUUUCGGAAACUGUGUCUUAAGGGACGCUGCAGAUCGAUGUCGUGUGUGUGUGUAGUUUCAGGAGACACAGCUCGACUCGUAGCAACUAGUGACAGAACUAUCAAAGGUGUGCUCAGUGAGCUGGUUUCCCAUUUAGGUGUCAGGUGCGAGUGAAGCGCAGCAAAGAGAGGAUGUAGAGAUCACAAAAACAUCGAGGUGCCUAAACAUGUUAAUGUCCACAGCGACCGCUUGUCUGUGAUUUAAGUGAAUGGAUGACACUGUGUCAUGACGAGAUUUAAUGUUGAGCUAUAUUUUGCAAUGGUGUUGAGCCACAAAAGUCUUAGAUUUUGCACUUUGGAUGACUGUCUGUUUGUGUUGCAGCUUGAGAAAUAAGACCACGCUGCCAGAGUAGUCAUACUCUAAUCAGAGGCUAUUUCAUAUGGCCAACCCUGGUUUUCCUUACAAACGACAGCACCUAGUCCCUGCAUCCCCACGUGCUCCUUAGGACCAGAUUGAGCCCCUUCUGUAGUCGAGCCUUGCUACUUUUCUCUGGUGUCCCAGCGGGAAGGAGAGAGGCUCGAUAGAAACCCGUCCAGAUCUCUGGCCUCUCUAAAUUAGCCCUCAUUCCUCCUUUCUGGUCCCGUACCUGGGUCGGACAUGAAGGCCUGUUAUUCUGCCCGUUAAGGCCGCAGGCAACACAGCGAGGACCCAGGAACUGGGUUAAGUCCACACACGGGGGCUCUGGCGCUGUUAUUCUAAAUGUUAUAUUUACCGAGGCCACCAGAGAAUUCCUCUGGGCCACCGCCAAGAGCCUGCAACACAAGGAGGCAGAGAGGAGCGGAGCGCGAAGGAGAGAGACGUGCUCAACGUGUGUUUUUUUCGUCUUUUUUAAUGUGAUGAUUCACUCAGACUUUACUUCUCCUCGCACUCUUCUUCUUUUCCUCCUUUAGGUCACAGACACAGGCUCUUGACCAUUUCAGGCCAGUCACAUGCUUCAGUUGUGGAAGUGCAGUUUGCGAGCACAUUGCAGCACAUGCUGAGGAGUGCUCGGUUUAAAAAAAAAAACAACAAAAAAAACAAACUAGAAAACAUGCACAGAUUUUGUGGCUCACUUAAGAUGUUUUCACUUAGCUUUUAUUUUUUCCCUGAUAUGCCUAAAGUAAAGUUUUCCCUCCGAGUAAUUUAGAGAUUAUAUGUGAGGCUUUUCUUUCUUUUAUUCUGUUGUGGAAGUUGGGAUUCCUGUGAAAUCCCAGCACAAGACAUAAGCUAAUCCUAAUGAGAAUGUACUGUAUGUGUGUAAAGUGACAAUCUGUUCAGCUCUCUGUCAUUAGCUUUGAUGUGGCUUUUUUUUUUUUUGUAACAAUAUAGUGGCUUGAAUGGCUUUUCUGUAUGUGUUCAGAGGAAAAUAAAGCUAACCAUGUUUCCUGAAUUGUCCGUGCUCCAUCACCGGGUCACUCGUUUUCCUCUGUCGAGCACAAGGACUAUGCUUUCACGGCUUCAAAACACAGGACAUCUUCUAGAAGUUUGUAACUCACUUGUAAGACACCGGGAAUAUGACCCUAUACAUGUCUUUGGACUCCUGAAGUCAGAUGUAUCUUCUUAUCAUUAAAAUAUUUUUUGUCUGUA